AUGGAGUCAACUAUUGCCAGUUUGUGUGCAAAACUUUCUCUCAUAGCACAAGAGGAAGACGUCUUACUGGUGGAGGAAGAUGAGGUGCUGAUUCCCCAUCGCAGUGACAAAUGCUUGCUUUUCAAACUGUUAUCCAGCAAGCACUUCAAUAAAGAAGCCUUCAAAGGAACUAUGAGGCGGUUAUGGCAUCCAAAUCGAACUUUAAGCAUUCAUGACCUUUUCCCUAAUUUACACAUUGCUGAGUUUGAUGACAACAGAGACAAAGACCGUGUUAAGUGUGAGGGCCCAUGGGUUUUUGGUAAGCAAUUGGUCCUCACCAAAGAUGUUGAUGGUCUUGAGCAAAUCCACCAAAUUUUGUUUUCUGAGGCGAACUUCUGGGUACGAAUUCAUGACCUCCAUGUCAUGGUUCGAAAUUGGAAAAUGGGAGAUUUUAUUGGGAGGCAACUUGGUAAGGUUAUUGAAGUUGAUAUCGAUAAAAUCGAGAUUGCAAGGGGCGAAUUCCUUCAUGUUCGGGUUUGUCUUGACAUUUCAAAGCCUCUCUUGCGUGGAAAGAAAAUAUACGUCGGCUCUUACAAACCUUUUUGGACUCGAUUUUCCUAUGAGCGACUACCAAAUUUUUGUUACCUGUGUGGUGUGCUGGGACAUGGUCACAAAGACUACAUUCUAUGGAAACCUGCUAUGGAGGCAUACACCACCUCUGAUUAUUCCUAUGGUCCUUGGUUACGUGCUGGUAAUUCUAGUGAUUAUAGCGGUCCUAUUGUCGAUCGUCAAAUAAAUUCCCGGACUCCUGACUCUCCGAAUAGCCUUGCAAACCCAAGUUCUGACCCGAGUUCCGCUAAUAUCACUCAUGUUAACCUGGUGAAUUUGACAAAUAAGGACCAAUUACUGGAACCCUAUGGCAAGGGAGAUCCUGCAAUGUUGCUGAAUUUGACAAAUUCCCAGGAGUUACAACAAACCAAUUUUGAAGGAAUUUCUACAGCGUCACGGACAGCAACCAAUCUGGAGCUAACACCUCUACAGACUGAUGCCAUUAUGGAUAAUCUAACGGCGGAGAAUACUCGUCACAGUGGUCUUGCUGAUACUCAGACUAAGGGUACUCAUGGCCUUUUACAAACAGAUCCUGUUUCAUCCAACUCUGCGGAGGUCUUAACUGGAGCAAAGGGAGCAAAUUUCACUCGAAGAUGGAAAAGACUAAAUACGAACCACGCAAUUCACUCUAUUGUUCCCCCUCCGCAAACAAGUCUCAAGCGAUCCCUGGAUUUCCCCUCUGAAAAUGCCCCACCGAUCCCCUUGAAACUACUUAGCUGGAAUGCACAAGGGCAUAGGAACCCUCGUGGCAUUCAUGCUCUUUCUAAUCUUAUCAGAAAAGAAGAUCCCGAUGUUUUGUUCUUGCAAGAAACAAAACUUAAUGCUGCAAACAUGGAACUCUGUCGGAUUAAAUUAAAGUUUUAUGGCUGCUUAAAUGUUCAGGCAGUGGGCCGUAGUGGUGGAAUUGCACUCCUUUGGAAAUCUAAUGUAAAUUUAUCAAUCCUGGGUUACUCUACAAAGCACAUUGACGCUAAAAUUGAGUCACCUCUACAUUGUUGGUUCUUAACUGGAAUCUAUGGCCAUCCCGAGACAACUAAACGCAUGGAAACUUGGAAUUUAUUGAAGAGGCUGAAAAGAAACUCUUCAGAGGCAUGGCUUGUCUUUGGUGAUUUCAAUGAAAUCCUAUCUAACGAAGAAAAAUGGGGAGGUCGUGAUCGACCUAGACAACAACUAGAAAAUUUUCAGCAUAUGUUUCUCGAAUGUGAGCUCAGAGAUCUUGGGUUUAAAGGCCCCUAUUACACGUGGUAUAAUGGAAGACAUGACACUAACCAAAUUUUUGAAAGGCUUGAUCGCUUCAUUGCUAAUGAUUCUUGGUGUCGGCUCUUUACACAAGCUAUGGUUACUCAUGGUUCAACUACAUACUCAGAUCAUCGUCCUCUUUGGAUCCAGCUUCAAGGUGCUUCUCAAACACUUAAAGGCCCUAAACCAUUUCGUUUUGAAUCAAUGUGGAUUGGUGAAAAAGCAUGUUCUGACAUUGUGUUAAAUCAGUGGUCUGAUACUAAGUCUCAAAAUCUAGAAAGCAUUAUGAGGAAUAUAAGCUGCUGUAGCAGUCAACUUCAACUUUGGAAUCGAUCUAAAUUCGGAAGAGUGCAAGCGGAGCUUAACAAAGCCAGAACGAAGUUGUCUCAAAUCCAGAAGAAAGAUCCUGCAACUAUAAAUACUGAGGCACUUCGAACAAGUGCUGAAAAGGUGCAAACCUGGAUGGAUAGAGAAGAACUUAUGUGGAAGCAGCAGCCUAGGGCUGCAUGGCUUGAACAGGGUGACCAAAAUACUCGUUAUUUCCAUGCUAAAGCUUCCCAAAGAAGAAAAACAAAUUCGAUUACUAAACUCUUAGAUGAUCAAGGCUGCUGGCAGGAUGGAGGGGCAUGUAACCGGCUAAUCACCAACUACUUUUCUGAUUUAUUCUCCUCUACCGGCUCACGAAAUCAUGCCGCUGUCCUCGAUAAUUUAGAAUGCAAGUUGACUUAUGAUAUGAACAUAGAUUUGAUUCAAACUUUUACAGAAAUCGAAGUCUCCCAGGCCUUGAAGGAGAUGCACCCUACUAAAGCUCCGGGUCCUGAUAGUAUGCCUCCUCUUUUUUUUCAACAAUUCUGGCCUCUUAUUGGUUCCUCUGUUACAAAUGCGUUGUGGCAAACAGGAAAAAAAACAGUGCUCCCUACGGUAAUCUUGGAAACAAAAUCAGCCUUUAUUAAAGGGAGACUUAUUACAGAUAAUGUGCUUGCGGCCUAUGAAGUACUCCAUUUCUUACGAAGGAAAAAGAAGGGCAGGAAAGGUUAUAUGUCCCUUAAGCUCGACAUGAGCAAAGCAUGUGAUAGAGUCGAGUGGUCAUUCCUUGAAGCAGUGAUGCAUAAAUUGGGCUUCCAUGACAAGAUUAUUCAACUGGUGAUGAAAUGUGUUACUACGACUUCUUUCUCGAUCCUCAUCAAUGGCUCUCCCACUGGUCACAUCACCCCCUCCAGGGGCUUAAGGCAAGGAGAUCCUAUCUCUCCUUACUUAUUUCUUAUAUGUACGGAAGGAUUGGUUAAUCUAUUGAAUAAGGCAGAAAGAAAUAAAAAUGUGACUGGUAUUCAAGUGUGCAGAGGAGCUCCAAGUUUAAAUCAUCUUCUCUUUGCGGAUGAUAGCUUGAUUUUUUGUGAAGCUAAUGAGAGCACUACGUCUCGGCUACAAGCUCUUCUAAGUAGUUAUGAGGAUGCCUCGGGUCAACAAUUGAACAGGGAUAAAACCUCAAUGGUUUUUAGUGCAAAUGUAAGUCAAGACAAGCAAGAAUCAAUUAUGGCCCUCUCGAAUGCCCCUCAGGUACAACAAUAUGACAAAUAUCUUGGAUUACCACCUAUGGUUGGUCGAUCAAAAACUCGAGCUUUCUCGGACAUAAAACAUAAAGUUUGGCUGAAGUUGCAAGGAUGGAAAAGUAGUAUGUUCUCCCAAGGUGGUAGAGAAAUUCUCCUCAAAUCAGUUGCUUUGGCAAUUCCCUCCUAUGCUAUGAGUUGCUUCAAACUCCCCUCUACAUUAUGCACUGAACUUGAGAAGACGAUGGCUAGAUUUUGGUGGGGCCAACGGAAAGAAGAGAGGAAAAUUCAUUGGCAAUCCUGGAAUGUUAUGUGUAAAUCGAAAUCCUUUGGGGGCAUGGGUUUUAAAGAGCUUCAAAUCUUUAAUAUGGCUAUGCUAGGUAAACAAGCUUGGAGGCUCUUGCACCACACCGAUAGAUUGGUUUAUAGAAUAUUCUCGGCUCGUUAUUUUCCUCAUGGGAACAUCUUGAAGGCAUCUAUUGGUUGUAACCCUUCUUAUGCUUGGCGUGGAAUCUGGGAGGCUAAAAAUCUAUUGGUCCUAGGGGGGAGAUGGGUUGUGGGAAAUGGCAACACUAUACAUAUUUUGAAUGAUAAAUGGAUCCCUGGCAUAGGUUAUCUAAGACGGGAGUUAGGGACUGUUUUACAGCAAAAUCAUAGUCAGCAACUUGAAGGUCCAGUCUCCUCUUUGAUUGAUCAUAACUUAAGUGCAUAUAGAUUUUUCAAAAACUGCCUCGCUCCUGAUCCUGGGACUUCAUCGCGUGCUGCUGAAAAUAAGAAAUUUUGGGAUACCAUGUGGCGGCUAAAAAUUCCUCAAAAAGUAAAGAUCUUUGCUUGGAGAGCUUGUCAAGACAGCUUGCCUUCUAAACAAAAUUUGGUCCGACGAAGAGUUUCUAUUGCUCCUCAUUGCUGUUUUUGCAAUUACCCAGUGGAAGAUCUAUGCCAUGUUCUACUCCAUUGUCCUUCUAUUUAUCAAUUACUUACCGAUCGGUUUCCAGUGUUAAAGACUAAGGCUUAUCUAGGAGGUUUUAUGCAAGCGGCUAUUGAUAUAUUAACAAAAGUUUCAAAGGAUGCUCUCUCGGAAUUUCUACUCAUUACUUGGGGUUUUUGGUUCCGUCGGAACAAGAUGGUUCAUGAUCAGCUUCACCUCUCACCACAACAAAUUAUUGCUACUGCACUAGCUAAAAAACCUCCUGCUGAAUCGGGCCUUACUAUCAACGUCACUCCCGGUGUGCCUCUCCAAAAAUAUAGGUGGUCUGCACCACCUACGAAUGCAUUAAAACUCAAUACUGAUGGCGCAUUGUUCUUUGAUUCAAAUAAAGCUGGACUCGGUAUUAUUCUACAUGAUCACGACGGAGAAAUAAUUUUGGCUGCAAGUCGGCCUGAAAACUCACUUCUCGAACCUGAACACAUUGAAGCUGCGGCACUUGUAAGAGGGCUACAACUUUGCCUCAAUCUCGGCAUAUCUCAUUUGUUGGUGGAGAGUGAUUGUUUAUUCCUCGUUAAUGAAGUCAAUAAAUCAGUUUUAACCUCUGCAUCAAUCCGAUCUUAG